AUGGAGGCAUUGGGUAGUGGACUUUCUUUGGACCCUAAUGUCUUCAGUCACCAUAUCGGGACAUCAUUCAAGGACAUUGAAAAGAGUACAGGUAUCGAUAAGCUCUGCAGCACAAAGAUUGGCCAUAUCCCUUCAUCUGUCGGUACCUACGAGCACGAGAGAAACCUUCAAAUCGUCAAAAGGCACCUAGGGCGACUUUCCAUUGCCAGUGUGGAGCAUGCAAAAGAUCUAACCACCCGGGAUUCGGCUGUCAAGUCCAUCUACCUUCAUCAGGACCAUCCCAUCACAUUUUCUGUGGAUGUGCCACGAACGAUCUAUGCGCAAGGAUAUCAAUCUGAGGACGACAGAACACAGGCUAUUGGAAGAUUCCUACGUACAAGAGUGUUGGCACUACAGGACCGAGUGUUGAAUCGUCGCAUUUCUCGGCAGCGAUUUGUUGACGAUAGCAUGUUCUGCGAUCAAGGUGAACGAUAUUCACAAAAUGGCCUUGACAUCCUACAGCACAUUACCAUCCAUGUCAUAAACGACGCCAAAUUUCAACAAGUCUUGGUUUUGUUUCCACCUUGUCCGGAAUUUGAUGGAGACAAUUCAGACAACGAUCCUUAUGUUUUUCUUGACCCUCUGAGAAAGCAAGAACAUACCAAAUCAUUCAAGGAAUUCUGUCUCAAUCGGGAUAAAAAGGACUAUGAAUCCACAGGGGCAUCAGCAUCUCGACGGACUAUGUCUCAGGACGUUGAAAUAUUCUCCAAUGAUAUUCUCCUUGAGAAUCAAGCUGGUACCCCCAAAGGACUAACGGACGUGGUCCACCUUAUACGAUCUUACGCUCUGAAUGCAUGGUUUGAUCGUCUGCAGACAUUGAAAGACCAGCUUGAAGAUCUCAGUCUUCAAAGCCUAUCCCAUCGAAGCAUACAACACGACGAACAUCCACAAGAUUCAGACGAGGAAAACCCUACAUGUGAUGGUCUGAUUGAUGAAGAAGGGAUGAAAGGUGCUAUUCUUCGCUACAUCGCGUCACUCGAUAGUGAAUGCCAGCGGUUGAAAAUUGAUUUGCAUGCGGCGAAAAUAGGAUUGUCCACAACCGGCUCCGACUCUGUUCGAACAUUAGAACAGACAAUGGAGAAGUAUACUCACAUACGAUCCCAAAUGAGCAACCUUCUCUCUGAAACCCAGCAUUUACUCGACAUGAAGAACAGCAAGAUACAACAGGCUUUAACGACUCUCCAAAUCAAAGAAAGCAGAACGUUCAUCGAACAGGCAAAAACAGUGAAGAGGUAUGAUGUCGGCCAAUCUUGA